AUGUUUUUUAGACAAUUUCUUUUUUUCUUUUUUAUUUUGUUUUUUAAAGAAGUGUCCUAUUCAUUUUCGUUUAAUUAUUAUAUAGAUUACCAGUCCAAUCAAAUUUAUAAUAAUAAUAAUUGUGGUGGAAUUGUCAAUAAACAACAACAACAACUACAGCAACAACAAUAUUUUCCACCAUGUAAAUCAAUUAAAGAUACAAUUAAAAGAAUAAAAGAGAUAAAUAUUAAAGAUAUAAAUCAAAAUGAUACAUUAAAAAUAUACAUAUACAAUAAUAAUCAACAAACAAUCUAUGAUACUUUUGGAACAAUAGAUAUGUUCAAUUUAAUAGAGAUCACAGGAUUAAAUGAUUCUGUUGUAAUUGAUGGAAAUAAUAGUAAUAAUAGUUUUAUAAAAAUUAAAUCACCAACUAAUAAUAAAAGUGCACCAAUGAUUACAUUUAGCAAUAUUAAAUUUCAGAAUUGGGAUUAUAGUAUAAUAGAGUAUGAUAAUCGAUUUUCAAUAAAUUUAAAUAAUAUUGAAUUUGAUAACACCGAUAUGGUGAUAUCAAAUAAUGAUAACAUCAACGAUAAAGAGGACAGUAUAGAUACAUCAAUAUCAAUCAACAGUUGUAGAUUUAUAAAUUUUAAAAAACAAACACCCUUUAUAAUUAAUUUCAAUAGAAUUAAUAUUAAUAAUUGCAGUUUUUUAAAUAAUAAUAAUUUCAAAGGGUUUAUUAUCAGUAAUAAUAAUGAAAUAAAAGAAAUAAUAAUCAUAAAUAGCGUUUUUAGUAAUAAUACAUUCGAAUCAAAUAUUUUAUACUUUUUUAAUAAUGACUUAUACAUACCCAAUAUAAAAAUGGAUAAUAUCAGUAUUAUUGAUAAUAGUUUUAAUAGUAGUUCAUAUUUAUUUGAAUUCGCAAAAUUAAGUGGGCAUUUAAAUAUAUUGUUUAAUAAUAUUGUAUUGGAUCAUAAUAGUAAUAAUAAUAAAAGUGGAAUAAUUUUUUGUUCACAGCCAUAUUGUAUAAUAAAUUUUAGCAGGGUAAUAGUUAAAAAUGAUAUUUUUAAAAAUAUUGCAAAAAUAACUAGAUCAGAAAUAAAAAUAAUUAAUAGUUCAAUACCAUCAGUAGAUUCACCAAUCGAUGGUACUUUUAAUAAAAUAACAUCAAUAAAUAGUAAUCAUUCCCAAAUUACACCAACAAAACAAAAUUGUAAUAGUUUUAAUAAUAUUACAUAUGAUUGUGUUGACAGUAAUACUGUAUUAAUUAAAAAUAAUGAUAAUAAAUAUAAUAAAAUAAAAUUACUAGCAAUUAUAUUACCAAUAUUAGUUUUAUCGGGUAUCAUAGUAGUAAUUGUUGUUUUUAUUUUAAAAAAAAGAAAAAAAUCCAACAGCACCAGGGGUUCAGAAAAAAAGAAAAAUAAAUUCAUAGAAAAUGAAAUUGUUUUUGAAGAUAACGGGGUUGGCGAAGGUGAUUUGGCAUCCAGCAGUGCAUACGGUCCAGGUCCUAAUUUUCUAAAUGACAAAGAGGAUGCAAUAAAUGACUAG